ACCAUUAUGAAUAGAUAUGAGUUUAUGUGUCUCAAACAUUCUAAUGUCUUCAGAAGUUAUCUACUUCCUCCUGCCUCUCUCUCAGAGAAGAAUCUGGAUUUUUAUAAUAAUCCUGUGGUGAGCAUAUCAUUCUCUCUGCCACUGUACUUAAUGUUAGGUUGAGGGUUGGACAGAGGGUGGUUCAGGGAGUAUGUGCUUAAUAUGGCUUGAGUGUUCUAGGAGUGUCCUUACACUUUGGAAUUAGGAAUUGCUGAUGUCAUGAUCAGUCAUAUUGUCAUGACAACACCAGAAUUUCCUCAUUUGCCUUCUCUUCGACUUGGGAGUAUCAGUUUGCCACAGGUCUGUCGUCAGUAUACCCCGUGUGUUAGAUAACUCAGAACUUGUUGUUCUGAAAAACACUUAGGGUGGGGAGUUUGUGUAAGCUGCUUAGGUAUCCUAUUUCAGGAUUCUAAGCUACGUAUCCUAAUGUUGGAAAGUUUGCCUUCAUACAUAUUCAACUGAAUAGAAAUCCACUUGUGAGUCUAUAUAUUCUGGUUCGAACUCUAUAAUUCAGUGGAGAAUGAAAAGCUUUUCAGCAUUCUCAUCAGCAUCCAUUAAGGAUGUCAUUAAUUAUUCCAGCAUCUUCCUCUUCAGGUGAAACAGACCUAAUUUAGUAAUGAUCUUAGCAACUGAAGAGAAAAGAAACUUUGCAUUGGUUUUCUUUCAUAUUUGGAGUGCUUUGAGAUGACCUCCCAUUAGGGACCUUCCCUGACAGUUAGCAUUAUCUUAUAACGACCUUUUUACCAUUCUCAGCUGACAUGGGGUUUGUUUGUCCCAGGUACAGUUUGCUAUGUGCUGUCAAAGUUGUCAUCCAUCUCAUUGAAUUUUACUCAUGGAAAGGAGGUGGUUAUUCCAGCAGUCUCUGGUCCCAGCGCACCCCAUGGCCCCUCCCAGCCCCAGCACCACCAGCAGUAAUAACAACAGUAGCAGCAGUAGCAACUCAGGAUGGGAUCAGCUGAGCAAGACAAACCUCUACAUCCGAGGCCUGCCCCCCAACACCACUGAUCAAGACCUGGUGAAGCUCUGUCAACCAUAUGGGAAAAUCGUCUCCACGAAGGCAAUUUUGGAUAAGACAACCAACAAGUGCAAAGGUUAUGGCUUCGUUGACUUCGACAGUCCUGCAGCAGCCCAGAAAGCUGUCUCUGCCCUGAAGGCUAGUGGAGUCCAGGCUCAGAUGGCAAAGCAACAGGAACAAGAUCCUACCAACCUGUACAUUUCUAACCUGCCGCUGUCCAUGGACGAGCAAGAACUUGAAAAUAUGCUCAAACCCUUUGGACAAGUGAUUUCUACAAGGGUCCUGCGUGAUUCCAGUGGCACCAGCCGCGGUGUUGGCUUUGCCAGGAUGGAAUCGACAGAAAAAUGCGAAGCUGUAAUUGGUCAUUUUAAUGGGAAGUUCAUUAAGACCCCACCAGGAGUUUCUGCUCCUACAGAACCGUUACUGUGCAAGUUUGCCGAUGGAGGACAGAAGAAGAGGCAGAACCCAAACAAGUACAUCCCUAAUGGGCGGCCAUGGCACAGAGAAGGAGAGGUGAGACUUGCUGGCAUGACACUCACGUAUGACCCGACCACAGCUGCUCUACAUAACGGAUUUUACCCUUCACCAUACAGUAUUGCCACAAACCGAAUGAUCAGUCAAACUUCUCUUACACCCUAUAUUGCGUCUCCCGUGUCCGCCUACCAGGUGGCAAAGGAAACCAGAGAAAACAAGUAUCGGGGCCCUGCUACCAAGGUGCAAAGUCCUUCUUGGAUGCAACCUCAACCAUACAUCCUACAGCAUCCUGGUGCCGUGUUAACUCCCUCAAUGGAACACACCAUGUCACUACAGCCCGCCUCCAUGAUCAGCCCUCUGGCCCAGCAAAUGAGUCAUCUGUCGCUAGGCAGCACCGGAACAUACAUGCCUGCCACGUCAGCCAUGCAAGGAGCCUACUUGCCACAGUAUACACACAUGCAGACAGCAGCGGUUCCCGUUGAGGAAGCAAGUGGCCAGCAGCAGGUGGCUGUGGAGACAUCUAAUGACCAUUCUCCAUAUACCUUUCAACCCAAUAAGUAACUGUGAGAUGGACCAAAGGGUGUUCUUACAUGAAGAAGGGUGUGAAGGCUGAACAAUCAUGGAUUUUUCUGAUCAAUUGUGCUUUAGGAAAUUAUUGACAGUUUUGCACAGGUUCUUGAAAACGUUAUUUAUAAUGAAAUCAACUAAAACUAUUUUUGCUAUAAGUUCUAUAAGGUGCAUAAAACCCUUAAAUUCAUCUAGUAGCUGUUCCCCUGAACAGGUUUAUUUUAGUAAAAAACAAAAACAACAAAAAAAAACACAAAAAAAACAAAGAUUUUUAUCAAAUAUAAUGAUGCAAAAAAAGAAAAAAAAAAAGGAGAGAAAAAGAAAACUUCAAUUUUCUGGGUAUGCACAAAGACCACGAAGACUUAUCCAAGUGCAUGACCGGAUUUUUGCGGUUUUGUUCCUUUUGUGUUUGAUGCGUCUUUUUUUUUUCCAGCUGUAUGAAAUGGGCUUUUCUGAAGCUCCCACCGUCUGACGUCACCCAUGGUGUCUGUGCUUGCCGUGAGAGUGCCGCUGUAAGCCAGUGUGGCCACCCUCGGUGUCUUUUCUUAGCUUUUCAUUUUUCUUUCGACGUAGUGUGAAGUGUCUUAUCCUUUUCUAUGAAUUCCAAUUUGCCUUAACUCUUUUGAUGCUGUAGCUGUUUCAGUAAAGUUAGUUCAAACUAAUGAUGUAGAAUGCUUUGACCAAAUGGGCUGGUCUAGGACGCCUUGUAAAAAACAGCAGCGUAGGGCUUUUAAAAAGGUAGUCAAUAAAAGUUGCUGAAAUUUUGGCUUUUUUAAAAUAUGUAGUAGGUGUUUUUAAUGAUUUUUUUUUCCACAUAACGUGUAAGGUAGUGAAGUGCAAGAAGGGAGAACUGUUUUGUGUGAAACACAUUUUCUGACUGGGGGACUUUUAAUAGGGUGAAUCGUUUGUAAGGCCGUACACCGACAGUUUCCUCUGAUAGUUUGACCAAUUUAGGAUAUCUGCUGUAUGAUGCAAUGUAAAGUCUUUUUUGCCUUUUUUUUUUUUCAGGAAAAAAAAAAAAACAAAAACAAAAAACUUAAUGAUGUUCUAGAUUUAGUGUAGGUAGCUUUGGGGCUGGGGGUGGGGGUGGGGGAGGGGAGUCACCGAAUGUUUUGUCCUUUAUACUAACGAUAGUGCUUUAGAAUGAGAACCAUGCCUGUGAUCUGGCAAACUGAGGGGGGGAAAAUUGUCGCUAUUGAAACGAAAUGGUAAAAGCUAAAAGUAAGGAUUUCUCUUCAAACCUGAGCUGAGAUAUGAACAGAAGAAAAAACGAUUGGCUACUAGCUCUCUCUCGUGCGUGCUUGCUCACUAGCUCGCUCGCUCGCUCUCUCUGAGGUCGAUUUGAAAAACUAAAAAAUGACUUGGCACUUUUAAAGGUAACUUCACCAAAGACCGAAGAGCCAGUAGCCAGUAACUCCACCUUGUCUCAGCAUCCCAUUUUCUCUGCUCUUUAUUUUUGCCGGACCAGUUUGCGGUUAGGAGAAUGUGCCUUUUUUGUACCUUUGCAUUAGGUUUUAUAAUUUUAACUGAUGUAUGGACUCACAGAGACAAAUUUAAAAAAAAAAAAAAAAGCAUGAAGGAAGAUUUGAAUCCAAGCAGUGCCACACUUUAAGUCAUCACUACAGGUGUUCAAGUGUAAAGAAAACCAACUUUGAAACUAUGAAAUUCCUGAUUCAUAAAUACAGUUAUUUCUACUUUAGUACAUAUGAGAUAAUUCAUUGUUAUUAAUGCUCUUUUAUUAAGGCAAUUGCAUACGUUUUAAAAGCAAUGGUAAAUUAAGUUGUCUUCCAAAACUGUGUACUUGUCUGGUCAGCUACGUUUGAUCAGUUAUCUACCUCAGAGGCUUUUUCUUUUGUGCUGGGACAGGUUGCUGGCCCUCCCUGUUUCCACCGACCAAAUCCUCCUAGCUCGGGAGCUAGGGCUAAGCAGUUACUUCUUUUGAGUAUUUUUUAGUUCUUAAAUUUUAUUGCUUGUAUUUGAUGAUAGAUGUCAGUGACAUUUCAUAGUUUCAAACGUCCUUGCUGCUCUGAGAAGUGUAGAUUCUAGUGAAAAUUACAUAGUCAUAAGAGAAAUGUGUUUUCGUUUUUGUUCUUGUUUCUUUUGUUUUUUUUUUUUUAAAAGAAGUUGUGGUAUUAUUGGUUCUAUGCUCCCUAAAACAUUCUGCUUUGUGGAAGUCCAGACUGAAUGCAGCACCCUCCGUAUACCUAGUAUGUUUAUCAGCCCGGGGCUCUCACUACUUGAUAUUUUUUCCAUUAGUUACGACAGAAAGACGGUAGCUCAGUCGGUAGGGGAGGGGAAAUCUGCUGCUAGGUAUGUCUGAACUAAGUGCCAUACUCGUCUGGGUCAGAUUUGGGAAACAACCUCUGUACAUAUUAAAAAAAAAAAAAAAGUCAGUUAAACAUCACAUAGUAGACAGCCAUUAAAUUAUAAAAAAAAAAAAAUUAAUUUAUGAAGAAAGACCUUUUGUACAGAUUGAAAAAACAGAUUUUCAUAGAGAUAUCUAUAUGAUCAAGAGAGUUAAUUUUUUAUUUUUGUUCCUACUAGUGCUCCAUACUUGCCAGCGGUGACUUUAUUGACCGGCUCCAGAUGACUCUGUAGUUUUCUUUCCUAGGACUUGUUAAACGCCAAAAGACAUUUUUGAACUGUACAUUUGAUCAGAUUGUUAGCUUUUUCUGUUUUAUUUCUUUUGAGAACCUUUGAAUAAAAACAUCUGAAACAUU